AUGUCAAUUGUGUCAAUGUCAAAAAUUGUUGGUGGUUUCGUGUUGAUGUGUCGACGUGUAAUCGUAUAAAUGCAUUCGCUAAACGAAAAAUAAUGAAAUUAUUACUGAAAUCAGCCGAAAUCGGAACCAAGGACGACCUUUUUAAUUAACGGUUGCAACGUCAGCACGUUUACAAGACCAGAACAGAAUUUUCCAAUUUUUCUUUGCUGUGAUAUUUUAAAAUAGUGCUGGUAAUGAGCAGACUGUUUUAACCUAGGAGGAAAUUAAAUUUGAUUGUAAAACAUUUAAAAUGUUUCACGGCAAAUUAAGAAUACAUACAUGCAGGGUUAUACUCUUAACAUCCCUGGUAUGGUUUCUUGUGGAUGUAGUUAUAUUGAGUUUUUAUUCAGAAUGUUUGGGAAGUUCCUGCAAAACCAAGAGCCCUUCAGCAGAAGGGCUUGUAAGUGACAAUAAGGACUAUGACUCUGGAUUGCUAGAAAAUAAAAUUGAGGAAUUUCAAGAGCAAAGAAAUGUGGUGAGUGAAUCCCAUGGCCAUGGUGUAUCCAUCACAUACCAUCCCUCAGUCCUGAAAAAAUGGCGGCCCGCGCCGAUUGUGUUGACGGCUCAUGGCAAGCCUGGAGAAAAGGGGAAAGCAGUGCACAUUCCUUCAGACAGAGAGGAAGAAAUGAAAGAAAAAUUCAAAUUAAAUCAGUUCAACUUGCUGGCAAGUGAUAUGAUUUCUUUGAAUAGAAGUUUGCAGGAUGUGAGAUUAGAAGGUUGUAAGAGUAAAGUCUAUCCCAGACUUCUACCAACUACGUCCAUAGUUAUUGUAUUUCAUAAUGAAGCUUGGACCACUUUACUCCGAACAGUUUGGAGUGUCAUUAAUAGAUCACCGAGGGCUUUAUUAAAGGAAAUAAUUCUGGUAGAUGAUGCCAGUGAAAGGGAUUACCUGGGUAAAAAACUUGAAGAAUAUGUAAAAAAAUUGCCAGUACCCGUUUAUGUUUUAAGGACCCAGAAAAGGUCUGGUUUGAUAAGAGCCAGGUUGCUUGGUGCUGAGAAGGUGACUGGUCAGGUAAUAACAUUCUUGGACGCGCAUUGCGAGUGUACCGAAGGCUGGCUAGAACCUCUUUUGGCACGUAUAGUGGAAAACAGGAAAACGGUAGUGUGCCCCAUUAUUGAUGUUAUAUCAGACGAAACUUUCGAAUAUAUUACUGCCUCAGAUAUGACUUGGGGAGGAUUUAAUUGGAAGCUGAAUUUUAGGUGGUAUCGGGUAUCUCAAAGGGAAAUGGAUCGCAGAAAGGGAGACAGAACGGCACCCCUACAGACUCCCACAAUGGCCGGAGGGCUUUUCUCGAUAGAUAAAGACUAUUUUUAUGAAAUCGGGUCUUACGACGAGGGUAUGGACAUUUGGGGAGGAGAAAACUUAGAAAUGAGUUUUAGGGUGUGGCAGUGUGGCGGUAUCUUAGAGAUAAUCCCUUGUUCUCACGUGGGGCACGUAUUCAGAGACAAAUCGCCCUACACCUUCCCCGGUGGAGUAUCGAAAAUAGUUCUGCAUAAUGCCGCUAGGGUCGCCGAGGUGUGGAUGGACGAAUGGAAAGAGUUUUAUUACAUCAUGAGUCCAGGUGCAAAGAACGUGGCUGUAGGAGAUAUUUCCAAGAGACUCAAGCUCAGGAAAGAUCUUAAAUGUAAGAACUUUAGGUGGUACCUGGAGAAUAUUUAUCCAGAAUCGCAAAUGCCUUUGGAUUAUUAUUAUUUGGGUGAUAUUCGAAACUUAGAAACGCGUAAUUGCCUCGACACGAUGGGUCGGAAAUCCGGGGAAAAUCUAGGCAUGACAUACUGUCACAACAUGGGCGGUAAUCAGGUGUUCGCUUACACUAAGCGACAACAAAUCAUGAACGAUGACAAUUGCUUGGACGCAAACAGUAAAAAUGGACCUGUCAAAUUGGUUCGGUGUCAUGGCAUGGGCGGUAACCAAGCUUGGGUCUACGAUGAAGUGGAUAAGAGCAUCAAGCAUGUCAACACGGGCAGCUGUCUGCAAAAGCCCGACCCAAGUGACGUAAAUUUACCGCUAUUAAGGCCCUGUAACUACGGCGAGGGCCAAAAAUGGAUCAUGGAGAGCGACUUUAAAUGGCAGGCAAAACGCCAUCAGGAGGAGGAAGAGAGAUAGGAAUACGGGAAAGCCGUCGUGUACACACAUGUGAUAGGAGUGCGAGUGAGAGAGAUAGAGGGCGUGAUUGGUCUGAAUGGGGUUAAAUAAUACAAAAGACAUCCAACUCCAUUUCAGACCAAGAAAAAGUGUUUGUUAAUCAUUGUUGUUAACACGAAAUAUUUUAAACAUCUUACGAGAGUUCCUUGAAGACAUGAACUACAAUAUAAUUCCAGUUUCGUAUUUAAUUAUAAAUUUUUAUUUUUUUAAUAGAAUCAGCGGUCUUGCCAAUAUGCUCGCGCUGGUCCAAUACUGAUUAACAUUCCGUUAUAUUAUUUUAAAGUGAUUAAUUUCUUAAUUAAUUUUAUUCCAUAAUACUUUUCAGUUUUUUUUUAACGAAUACUUAUUACUCUAGAAGUUAAUGUCGCGACUGCCAUUUUGUAAAUAUAUUUUUAAAAAGGCGGAAAAUAUUUUAACGCUGUGAAAGAGUGGGAGAAAAUUCUAAGUAUUGGAUUAUAUAAUAUAUACACUUUCUAAGCAUAACAGUAAUGUUCCAUACAAGUUCAAGAUAUUGCUUUAGAUGACAUCUGUUUCAAUAAUGAGUUAAAACUCUUAUAACCUUCACUUAAUGAAGGUUCUGUGCAAGUGAUCAUCAGAAAGUUACAAGUGCAAUUUUACAUUAAAUGCGCAGCUUAUUAAAAAAUUUAAUCGCAAUAUAAACACAAUUGAAGAACUUACGUUUAAUAUUUUCGUAAACUAAAACGUCUACCACGAAAAUUCCGCCCUCUGUACGUUUUCUUUAAUUUUUAGCAAAGAUCCUUAACCCUUUCAAGACAUAUUUUUAAAUUUUAAAGCUAUUUCAUUUAAAACUGAAAAAAUGAAGUGAUCAGAUCUCACAAACAUUAAAAAUAGUCCAGAUAUUUUUUCCAUUUGGAAAAAAAGGAAUUAGUAGGUGGUAUCACCAUGAUACCACCAAGCACUAAAAUUAUACAAUGCAGAUAUGUCUGAAACAUAUAUCUUUAAAGAGUUUAAACUAAAAACUUACAACUUAUUUGCUAUGAUGUUAUUCAAAGCAAUUUUUUUUGUCAGUGAGACACAAACCGCAUUACGAGUACUGCACGACCAUCGUGUACGGUGUUGUUCCGCUUUUGUGCCGCAAAAUGCACAUCUUCUCGAAGACGAAUAUUUUGGCAUAUGAUCAGCUUGGUCUGUGCGCUUUUCCAGAGGAAUGUUUACUUUGAAUUUGUUAGAGGGCAUCUCAGUACUUGGUCUACCUCUUCGGGGAUUUUCAGAAGCUGCACCAACCAACCCACUUGCUACACACAAACGAACACUUUUCAAAUCUAAGGAUUUUUCCUUACACCUUUUAGUGUAUAGAAUAUAUGCAUUGACUAUGGUGACAUCAACAAAAUGCCACAUAAUUCUGUGCCACCAUUUUCGACUUUUUCUAUCCAGUUCAUAGGUUGAUUUUAGCAUAUCAGCUUUAUCAACAUAUCCCAUAUUUACAUUGUAGUCCUUUAUAAUGACAGGGCAUGCAAUCGUUUCUCUCUCUCCAUCCUUUUUCUUUCUCUCAACGGUCUCUAUUAUUCCCGGCAUGUGAAAAUUACUUGCCACUGCAACUACUCUUUUUUAUCCUUUCAUUUCCAAAAUGUAAUCCCAUCAUCUGUUACUCGAAAGUCACUCUCUCCUCGUUUCAAUGCUUUGUCUUAUUUCACAUCAGUUGGUAUUCCUACACGAUUUUGCCUAAUUGUUCCACAGGCAUAUAUUUUAUCUAAUUUUAGUUGCCACAAAAGCACUAAAGAGGUAAAAUAUUUAUCAAAAUAGACAAAAAGAUGACCAUUCACUAAUGAUGUUGUAAGGUCAGUUACCACCCUGGCACCCAAAUGGUUUUCUGCAUUUUUUUCAAUUUUUCCCGUAUAAAUUUGAAAAUGAUAUACAUAUCCACUCUCCGAUGCUCUAACCCACAUUUUAUACCCACGCUUGAUCGGUUUAUUCGGCAUAUACUGGUGCAGGGAAGAUCGUCCUUUGAAUCUAAUCAUUGAUUCGUCGAUGGAAACGUUUUUCGUUGGUUUAUAAUAUUUCGCAUAAUUUUCUGAUAGAAUCUGUAGAAUAGGCUAGACUUUGUAUAACUUAUCGUAUUGGGAUCUCCGCAUUUGGGCUGCAUUAGGUUAUCAUUCAAAUGAACGUUUCCUAACAACCAAUCAAUCUUGUUCUGGGUAUAAGACUUUAAAUAUAGUUAUCCCGAAGCUCAAUCUGCGUCGACCAGAAGUGAAGAGGGUAGACGCUUUAUUCCCAUGAGUAUAUUUAUCGCAAAAAAUAUCUUCAUUUUCAUAGUAUUCGUGGGUGUGAAAAGUUUUCCGGAACGAGCGCUUGCUUGUGUUGCGUACAGGUUGGUUUGGAAAACGAUGUGGUCAAACAAACUGUCCGGAAACAGACACAAAAAUACUCAACAGGGAGCUCAAUGUCGUCUGAUAUAUUGCAAGGUCCAGAAUCCUGGGAAAAUUCUUGGGGUGCCGUGUUGUUUGUUGCAACUUUUUUCCAAACAAAUUUAUCUAAACUAAGUUUUUUCUGCAAAUCUGAAAGGGGUAUGAAGUCAUCGUUGCUAUAAGAACUAUCACUAUUAGAGGCUCUCUCAGGGUGAAUACCAACAUUAUCAUUUUAAUUAGUGGCGUGGUGCAUAUCCACAUCAAUGGUAUCUUGAUCUGACCCAUUUUGAUCAUCCGAUUCAUUUCCUGAAGGUAUGUCCUCUUCAUAUCUCAUAUUUUCAAAUUCUUUGUAAGACCAUUUUUUCUCAGAAACAAAAUCCCCAAUCAAUUAGUUAUCCAUGUAAGCACCUAACUUGUAAUUCAAUCAAAAACAAAAGUAUAUGCCCACCAAUAAACAAACAUACCAACAACAUACUAGCCCACCAACCAAUAUUAGUUGAAUAGUUUUUUCAUCGACUUCCAUCCCGCCGCAAACUUCACAAUUACCGAAUUGACGGCAGAGCAACUAACCCAGCAAAACAACCAAGUUAUUAAAAAACAAAAAAAUACACCCACAAAUUACACAAACACACCGCCAAACAUACAAAGAAAAAAUCCAGAAUCAUUGAAAAUAUUAGGCAUUGAUUGCUUUGUGGUAUCAAUUGACACCACGUUAAUUUUAUUCAAAGCAACCAAUAAAAAUAUAUAAAAUCACUUGUGCUACUAUGAUAUAACAUAAAACAAUACCUAAUACAACAAAAUAUGGUACUUACUCGCCAUUCUGUCCUUAUUUUUUGAAAUAAACACUCAAUUUAUGACCACGAAUGGUAUUGACCUUCAAAUUGCAAACACAAAUCUAUAAAUGUCAAACAAUAAGCUGUUAGCAACGGCGUCCCAUUUAAAUUAUUUUUUUCCUACUAGAUGGCAAUAUAGUGCUACUUCUUAUACGGCGGUAUCGGCAGAUAACCGCUCCGCAGCGUCGUGAUAAAUUAUUAAAAAGGUGGUUUCAUGACACCACAAAGCUUGAAUUGGUUAAGCAUGAGGCGUAGUGGGAUAAUAAAAAAGCACCAAGCGAAACAAAAGGAACCAAAAUUGAGAACGCAGCAUAUUUUUAGGAUGGAUAUAUUAAUUGAUUUCUAUAGGUUGUAAACCACUUUAAUGGUCCCGUAUAAAUGAAUACGUCAUUGUCGUCCAACAUGCCGCGUUUUUUUAAACCCAUUAUUCAACACGUUGACUGCCUAUAAGUAUUUUGUGCCCUUGUUCAGAAGCCGUCGGGACUAUUUGCAAAAAGUAGUUCGAAAAUAGGAUUUUUAAUACUUUGUAUGAUUAAUAUUGUGUUUUUUUUUGCUUUUUGGGCCUAAAUCUACUUUGACUCAAUAGCUGAGUCACCGGCCCCUGAGGUAUAUUUCUCCUAGAAUAUGCCGGUGACUCAACAUUUGAGUCAAAUUUUAAAGUCAGAAUUAAAAUAAAAAACAAAGAACUUUUAACAGGUAUAUUUUAUAUUAUGUAUUGCACGUGUAAUUCUUAUCACUAAAACUUUGCAAACACAUAACGUAGCGAAAAAAAAACAUAAAUAAUUAAUUUUUCUUAGGAGUAAAUCACAAAAAAUAAUAACAAAAUUAACAUUUUUUAAAGAACAAAUGAAAAAAAGACCUAUUUUUCAUCGUGGUAGAUUCGAAAGCAAUUUCCGAGGCAAAGACCUGGCUUAUCUGGAUAAACCGGGCAGAAAAAUGGCGUGUUCUUGCGCAUUUUCUGUGUAUAACAAACCCUGCAUCUCUUUCUCAUUUGACGACCUUUAUUAUCCAUUUCACAUUUUUCAGGCAAAUGACUAGGCUGGUUUUGUUUGACUUUAGGAGGCUCAGGUGGUUUUUCUUUGGCUUCAGACAACAAAUUCUUUAUAAUAUUAUGCCUAUAAUCAUAGUAGCUUAACUUUUGCUGAGUAGAAUAUUUGUUAUAAAGGUGAUAACUAUUAAGCAGCAUCAUUGAUAUCAGAUGAAUAGCAAGCUUCUUAUACCAUCUGAUGGUUUUUCUUUCGCUGGCAUAAUAAGCAAGCAUCUGAUCUUGCCUGUCGAUUCCUGACAUGUUUUUAUUAUAAUUAAUGAUAGCAUUUGGCUUUUCUUUUUCCUCGUUUCGUCUAUUUGGUUGCUUGAUCAGUUCCCCACUAAACUCUGUAGAUAUAAAUAAAACCUUCCUUUUGUCACGCCAUUUACCCACUGCAAUGCCUUUAGAGUACUUUGUAAUAGAUUCACCUUUUUUAAGUUUUUUAGAACUCACUUCGGGAGGAUUUCCUUUCCUGUUCAGCCUUAAGGUUCCAGUAGCAUAGGUUUUUUUUUAAAAUUAGCUCUUUACAUAGUGCAAUCGAGUUAUAGUAAUUAUCCAUGUAUAAGGAAUGGCCCUUAUCAAGAUAAUUCUUUGUCAAACUUAAAACAACGUUUGCUGCAUGCCCUAAUUCUCCCUUCAUAUCUUUUUCGUCUCCAGUAUAUAUCCUAGCUUUUAACACAAGCCCAUCAGGUUCUGACAAAAUAUACAGUUUCACCCCAAACUUGUGCUUUUUAUUUUUAAUAUACUGGCGAAAAACCAGUCUUCCUCUCCAUAGCACCAUGGACUCAUCUAGUGAUAGCUCCUUGUUUGGGUAAUAGAUCUUGUCAAUUCUGUCAUUGAAGAAAUUUUGAAGCCAUCUUAUCCUGCACAAACGGUCACCAUAAUCUGGGUCACCUCUUUCGGGAUUUUUAGAAAAAUGUAAACAUCUUAGAAUGACUAGAAAUCGAUUUCGACUCAUGUUAUUUCUGAAACAAGACAGAUUAUACAAUUCAUCGGUCUUCCAGUAGUCCUGCAAACGGUUUAGCUGAAUAUUGCCCAUGUGAAGCCACAGACCCAAAAAAGUUUUCAGUGUUGGCACUGUCAACGGCUUCCAUUCAGUGAUUCUUGAUUUCUCUUUUGUUUCUUUACUUAAAAAGAGUUGUUCGGCAUAGUUGUUAGUUUCGGUAGCAAUAUGUUCCAGAAAAUCGUCUGUGAUAAACAAUUGAAAAAAAUCGAUGGGGUUGUCCGAGGUUAAAUUUACUCUAAGUCCAGGCACACCCGAAAAUAAAAAGUCAUUUUGAUUAGGCACAUCAGUCCAGGUUGGAAUAUCACUGUUACUGUUUUGAACACUAAUCGUCUCAUUAUUCUCAAAGUCGGUAAGGCUUGCAUCCUCUAAAGCGGCAACAUCGGGCAAUUCGUUUUCGUCGCUUGAACUCUCAUGAUCAGUAGGCUCGUAUUCACUGCCACUGUCGACGAACGGGUCCUCCUCACUUUCUGAUAAAUACAAAAGUUCUUCUUGUUCAGAUAAUGUCAGGGGUCUCAUCAUUUUGAAAUCUGUAUGCCUCCGUUUAGGCCGAGAAGGACCUGGAUUUUCUUCAUCCAUGUCAGGAAAACUACUUAUCACCAACCAAAACCGAUUUCGAAAAAACACGUGUUUAUAAGUACACUUGCGACCGGUGAAACGAGACGUAUCCCCUGCGGAAGCCGAGACAAUACUAAACUCAUAUACUAAAGCCAUGCACAUGACUCAACAGUUGAGCCACUGGCCAUAGGAGGGGUACCGCCGUGACUCAUAUGUUGAGUCAUUGGCAGUGAACGUGUUAACUAACGGUCCUGUGUCGUAGUGCCGCACAAGGCCUCUGCACAGACCGCCGCGUGCGUCGUAUCCACAUACAGGUAUAUGCAAUGUUUCUCGCUUGGUGUAUUUAAAGCGCGCACAUUUAUAUUGGUGUUUCGACAACUCUGGCAUAGGAGAACAUUUACCAAAAAUGGCCUAUAGAAAUAAAGUAUACUUUUUUGUGGGCGUAAAUUUUUACUUGAAUAUAAAAUAAGCAAAAAUUAACGUUUUUAAACGAACUUUUAAGAAAUAUAAACUCUAAAAACAAAAUAUUUAGGAAAUCUUUUGUAGUUUAUAAAAGCAUUCUUUGCAUAUAUGCGGUUUUUCGGAACAUCCGAUGCAUAUGCAACGUGUCGCAAGACAGGAAUCUCCGUAACCAUGAGAGUUAGGAAGUUGGUUAAAUGGGAAGAAUGUAGCGGCUUUGGGUGCUCAUUAACAUCCCGCUUUGAAAUCUAAAAAAAUCCUAGUAGUUCCGGAAGUAUCUGAAAAAAAACGAAUUUUCAAAAAAUCAUCUGCUGAGUUUAUUACAAAAGAUUUUUGAAGACAAAUGACACUUUCUCAGACACAUUUUAUCCUCUUUAAGAUGCAGUUGUUAAAUUUUAGAUCCGACGUUUCGUCUUCAGGCUACCAUCAUUAUUAUUUUUUUCAAAACCUGGUUUUUCAUUAUCAGAUAUUAAAAGUGCUUUUAAUUCCGAAUUCCACGGUGAAUCACAAGUUGUGGUUCAAUUAUAUUUUAGACUUUUUUUAAGCAUUACUAAAUAUCUUGAGUUUAGUUGUGGGAUGGGAUCGAAGGAAUAAAAACAAACGUCACUUUAUGUACUGGCCAACGUUUCGCAAUAAUUUUAUUGCUUCAUCAGGGCCCUAAGGUAACAAAAAAGACACAAUAAAAAGGAUUAUUAUAUAUAAACAAAAUUUAACUUUUUGGGGUUAUGUUGAUACCACCAAAAAAGAAAAAAAACAGAAAAACAAAAAAAAAAAAAAAAAAAAACAAAAUCUUAGAUUUGAAAUAAAAAAAUUACACAACAAAAAAAAAUGAUAAAAUUGCUUACAUAACAGUGUGAUUUUGCUUGUCAAAAAAAAUCAUGUUUACAGGACACACAGGUAACAUAGAAUAUAUAAAAUAUUGUUUUUUUAACAAAAACGGUUUAAAUUGAAUAUAAUCUUCAAAAAAAUAAAAAAGAAUUUAUUGAACAUUCAAUCUGGGUGCAACACACAAGACCUGCAGGCAAGGUAACAAAAUGGGUUUCUUUCACGAAGUUAGACAGCUACAUGGUGAACACAUAGUAUCGAAUUUGAAACUUUGGGCAACUAACAACCGUAAACUGGCGAGUUAUGAAAACCGAAAAAAAUUUUUACUUAGAUGUCGUAGUAAUAAUGUUCUACCUAAUCAUAUUCUACAAACCUCAAAAUGUUUAGAAAAUUUAAUGUUAGAUAACAGCCCUUUUACUAACAAAUUUCAUAAAGUUCUACUUAAAUUUCAAAAAUCCAUUAUUAACUUAGAAAUCGAGCAUAGUCACUGGAAAUGCAAUAAAAUUAAACAAUCAAUUAAUACUUUAAAAAAUACAGUGCAUGGUAAUAUUUCUAAUGAAAGGUUCCAAACUUUCUGCAAUUUUCAAGAUCGUUUUUUUAAUAUCACUUGCAAUAAAUUAAAAAAUAAUCAAAUAAAAAAGUUCAAAUCUUUACUUAGCAAACAACGUAAUGAUAGUUGCAUGUCCAGUUACAAUGUUAAUGAUAAAUGGAUUAUCAAUUUAACAAAUAUAGACAUUCCGAAUGAUGUAAAAUACCUAUUAAGUUUAGGAGAUAAAUUUAAUCUUCCUUACCCCACUAACAAAGUGCCAAUCGAACAGCUGAUCAUAGACAUUGAAUACAUUUUUGAAAAAUUUGAUGAACCAAAUAGGAUUGACUUACGUAAUAGGUGUAUAAAUAUUAUUACAAACCAUAUUAAGUCAAACAAAUUUUACAAAAAUACUAACAAUAAUUUCAAGAAAAGUACAAGUAAAACUAUACAAUUUAUACGUAACCAUAAAGAGCUUGUAAUCACGAAAGCAGAUAAGGGUAAUUGCACCGUAAUCCAAAACAAGUAUGACUUUGACCAAAGGAUAGUUAAUGCUCUCAAUGAUACUGAAACUUAUAAAAAAUUAAAUAAAAAUCCUACCAUGAACAUUCAAAGUAAAACUAACAAAAUUAUAUCACAACUUUUUGAUAAAAAAAUGAUAUCGAUUGAACAACAAAAAUGGUUAAAAAUUAAUAAUGGUGUCGCUCCCAAAAUCUAUUUUUUACCAAAAAUUCAUAAAUUGGGGACACCACUACGACCCAUAGUCUCUUUUACUGGUUCCCCUCUUUACAAUUUAACAAAACUUUUGUCUAACAUUUUACAACAUUUCUUUAUAAAAGAUGAACGAUAUGUGAAAAAUUCUUUUGAUUUCGCUAAUUACAUUAAAGAGCAAACAGUCCCUGAAGGUUAUAUUCUUGUAUCGUUGGAUGUUGUUUCUUUAUUUACUAAUAUACCGGUGGACCUAGUAACUGAUAUAAUCACCCAAAAGUGGCACCUUAUCCGGCCUAAUACAUCGCUAGACCUUGAAACAGUUGUUUUUCUUUUUAAUUUUUGUAUUGAGAAUAAUUAUUUCCAACAUGGUGAAAAUUUCUAUACCCAAAUUUUUGGCCUAGGAAUGGGAAACUGCAUGUCCCCAAUAUGCUCAGACAUUGUAAUGGCACAACUACAAGAUCAGUGUAUUUCUGAACUAUCUUUUAAUGUACCUUUUUUCUGUAGGUACGUUGAUGACAUAAUCACGGCAAUUCCAAAUAAAAAAGAAAACGAAUUUCUAUCAGUCUUCAAUAGUUUCCAUCCACGUUUACAAUUCACUAUCGAACAAGAAAUUAACUGUAGUCUUCCAUUUUUGGAUGUUAAAGUCAUAAGAUCCACAGAUGGUACCAUAAAAACAGUUUGGUAUCAAAAACCAACUUUUUCAGAACGCAUUUUAAAUUAUUUUUCAGAACAUCCUAUGACACACAAAAUAAAUGUAAUAAAAAACUUAAAACAUCGGUGCUUGAGACUUUCUAGUCCAGAAUAUCAUAACAAAAACCUUCAUUAUGUUCAGACAAUUUUAAAGAAAAACAACUACCCCCUAUCAAUUAUUAAAAAAAUAAUUAACGACACCAAGAACAUUACUCAAAAUAUUACACGAAACAAUGAAAAUAAUCAAUUGGCUUAUUUCAAGAUUCCUUACAUUAACACACUUUCUCAUAAAAUUAAAAAGACCAUACAAUCAAAAUCUGAUGUUAUUAAAAUCUCAGAAAGAAGUGAAAACUCGGUAAGAAAACAUUUCUUUACGAAGCUUAAAACUAAAGACGCCUUUGAUUUACAUUCUAACAUUAUUUAUAAAAUACCUUGCUCUGGGUGUGAUGUGUGUUACAUUGGUCAGACGGGUAGAUAUUUGAGGCAGCGCCUAUACGAACAUGAGUAUGAUUGUAGGAAUUUAGCCCUUAAAAAAAAACCCUACUGCUUUAGCUGAGCACAAAAUGAAUACAGGACACAAUUUUAAUUUUGGCAAGACUUCAAUUAUGGGCCAACAGCAGCUUUUUAAAAAGAGACUUCUAGCCGAAAUGAUAAACAUAAAAAAACAUAAUAAUGCGGUAAAUAAAAGAACGGAUAUAGACAAUCUAAGUUCCUCUUAUUUUAAUCUAAUAGAUCAAAUCAAAAUGUAAACUUUUGGGACUGUUUUGGUUCUUAUGACUAAAAAGAAUGCGUCUAUUGUGUUCUCGCAUACCCGGUUUUUCUGGCUAGAUGCUAAAUUAUUAUUGUACACCGUAGAAUCAAUUUUAAAGCAACUGUCUGUGAUACAACCCAUCAAUUUAAACCGUUUUUGUUAAAAAAACAAUAUUUUAUAUAUUCUAUGUUACCUGUGUGUCUUGUAAACAUGAUUUUUUAUGACAAGCAAAAUCACACUGUUAUGUAAGCAAUUUUAUCAUUUUUUUUUUGUUGUGUAAUUUUUUUAUUUCAAAUCUAAGAUUUUGUUGUUUUUUUUUUUUUUUUUUUUUGUUUUUCUGUUUUUUUCUUUUUUGGUGGUAUCAACAUAACCCCAAAAAGUUAAAUUUUGUUUAUAUAUAAUAAUCCUUUUUAUUGUGUCUUUUUUGUUACCUUAGGGCCCUGAUGAAGCAAUAAAAUUAUUGCGAAACGUUGGCCAGUACAUAAAGUGACGUUUGUUUUUAUUCCUUCGAUCCCAUCCCACAACUAAACUCAAGAUUUCAAACCUAUAGGAUCGCAACUAGAAUUACUAAAUAUCUUCAAGCAAUAUUAAAUAUCUUCGAUGCCUCAGCAGAAAGUAGGCUUUGGAAAAAAUUGGUUAUUAUAGAGACAUGCUUUUUCAUGUUUUCGUGCCUAAAACUCAGUACAAUCAAUUUAACGCUGGCUAAUAAAUCUACUCAACAACUUUAACAAACAAUAAUACUACAUAACGUGAGUACAAACACUAAUAAUAAAUAACCAAUAAAAAAUUACAAAAUAGAAGAAUCUACGUCGGUAGUAAAUGUUCAAAAAGAGUUCCCUUAUUUUCUAAGCAUAAAUAGCAUCUUCUUAUCGUGGAUUCCAACACAUUAUUGAGCAUCAUUGGUGUUACAUACUUUCAAAAGCCUCGAACUACUUCUUCGGUUUUAAAAUUAUUCUUGUAAACGUAAUUUUCAACAUACCCUCAAAAAAAGAAAUCUAAGGGAGUAAUGUCGGCGGAACGUGCUGGCCAUUGUAUUCUGGAAUAUGUACUGAUAUGUCUUCUUAAAAAUCUAGUUGAUAGAUAUUCCCUAACUACUCUGGCAUUAUUAAUAAUUCUAUAUAAUCCAAAUAAUUAAUUUUGGCAUUUACAUGAUUUUUUUAAAUAGCACAUUAUUGGGAACAGCCAUUUUUGAAAUGCGGUUUCUUUCUCUCAAUAAUUUGAUAUGAUUAUUUUUUAAAUCGGUUGAUAAAUAAGCCCAUAAAAAAAAAAAGCUAAUUUACAAAAAUGAACGAACAGGAAGCAUUGUAAUGACACUCGUGCAUAUUUUUUUCAAGUGACAUAACACAUCAUAUUUCGUCAAACGUUAUAUUACUAUUUGAGAAUAAAAGAAUAAAUUUUUCAAUAUAAUACUUUUUUCAAUAUCUUAAUACUACAUAUUUUAUUUAACAUUUACCUAACAUAACAUAGGUACACACAAACGGUAAACAAACAGAAAAAAUUUGAGGUUUAUAAAUUGUUUUAAUACAAAACUGUUUACAUGUAUUGUUCGAAGCGACCACCUUCUUGUCGAAUGAAAGUAGAUAUGCACGGGAAUAUAAUGUACGGCAUAUCAAUAUUUUCUUCUUUGUUAAACAUUUCAAAUAUUAGCAAAUUUAUUUAAACAAAUAAAAAUUGAGCUUAACAAGAUGUCAUGUAUUAUGUCAAUUGAAAAAUAAAUGAAGAACGCGUUAAAAUGCAGCCAUUCAAGAAAUCAAAGUCUUCUAUGCUAUUUUUAUUCAUUAAAUGCGUUUAUUUAUGUGUAUUAGUUUUUUUCUCCUUAUGGGCUUAUUUAUCAACCCAUUAGUGCAAACUUAUAAAAAUUGUUUUUUAUGUAUUUUUUCUUUAUGAAUUAGUUAAGUGACUUAAAUAAGAUAUAAAAAAAAUACAAAAAUCAAAUAUUAGUUUUUAUUAGUGUGUUAUGAUCCGUCCCUCAAAAGGGACUCCAUGCAUAAAAUACAUAAAAUUAAUAUUAUUUAGUUUAUAUGGUAAUUUUCGAAACAAUUUUUUGGAUGAAGUCCACAGUCACAUUUUACACAUAUAAAGUUACUUUUCUUCUUGCAUACUUGGUACCUUCGAUCAGAUUCAUUGUACCGAAUUAAAUGUCCUAUAUUAUCAAAUCUAGAGGCUUUAUGAACUGGAAGCGUAGUUUUUCCUCUACUUGGUUUUUUAAAAUAGGACUGUAAAAAACUUAAACCGAAAUUCUAGUAAGGAGGCACAAUUUGCAUCAUUUGGUCUUAGCUUUUUCAUAAGCACCCAGCCAUUUGAGAUGCCUGCAUCUAAUAAAUAUGAAACUAUUGGCCAAUACCAUUUUCGCUGUCGCAUUCUUGUCCUAUACAAAUCAAUCAGCCCAUCCAUUUUAUCAACUUCUCCCAUGUGUUUAUUGUAUCCAGCUAUAAUUUUUGGUUGUGGAAUUUGUUUUUUAGUUUUAGUUUCCUUACACCAUCUAGAUGUGGUAACAAUAUCAUUACUUCCGAAGUUGGUACCCAAUGUCACAACCUUGUUGUCCUUCCAUUGAACAAAAGUAACGUUAUCACAAGAAACAAAACUGUGGCUUCCCCUUGGUUUUGAUUUCCAUGAAGUACAGGAAAUGGACACUUUUCCGUUCGAAUCUCUCUUACUGUUGCCGUUGCAAAAAUUUUAUUUUCCGAGAGAUGGUUCAGUAAACUCAGGCUUAUAAAAUAAUUAUCAAAAAAAUGUUUAUAUCCCUGGUUAGAAGGCACUUCCGAUUUAUGUAGUAAGGACAUAACCACGUCUCCACCAAGACCAAAAACUUUUUCUGCAUCUGAUUUGCCAGUGUAAAUCUCAUAAAGAAAGAAAUCAUCAUAAAGAAAUCAUGUACCUAUUACUACUGCAUAGAGCCCAGUUUUUGAAGCCGAAUCUUAUCAGCUUGCCCUUGAUGUACUCUUUGGCAUAGUGUUUGCCAUAGUAGGGUAUCAUGCUUUCAUCAAUUGAAAGAUGUUCAUCCAAACCUCCGUGUUUUUUGAAAUUCUCAUUCGUGAGUUCAGUAGAGGGCGAAUUUUGUAAAGCCGGUCAGUCCGAUCAAAAUUAGCAUUAGCGUUGAAAUGGAUGUGGCGAAGUAACACUUCAAAUCUAUUUAGUCGCAUGCUAUUUUUUAAAAUGUUUGGUAUAUCUUCUGUUGGAUUCCAAAACAUCCUCUUGUUCGGAUAUUUUGCAUAACCUGAAGGAAGCAUACAGCAUACAAGCAAGUACUCAUAAUUCUUUUGAGAAAUUUCGCUCCUUAUUUUUUUGUUGGCCGUAUUUAUUGGUUUCCUCAACAAUUUUCGAUGUGAGAUCUUCAUCGAAAAACAGUUUUAAAAAAUCUAACGGAUUUUGCUAAUCGAAGAAUUGCCUUGACUUAUACUUGACCCAGGUUUAGAAAGCAGAUCUGCUAAAGGUAUUAGAUCUUCUUCACCAAAAUCAUCUUGUUCAUUAGGUUUGACGAGAUAAACCCUUAGACUUUGGAAAUAGUUGGGCUAGAGGAACUAGAUCUUCUUCGUCAAAAUCAUUUUGUUUUCUGGCUCUUACUUCACAAUUCUGCUGAAGUAUUCCACGGCAUAAGCGAUUUACAUCUCUGAUAUGCUCAUCAUCAGAGCUGUCGCUGUUCUUCUGUGUCUUCGUCUAGGUCAUCAGGAAUUCCAAUGUAAACAUCAAGAUUUUGUUGAACUUCACCGUCAUUUUCUUCAAAUGAUGUCUGCAAUUCAUGCAGAGAUAAUCUGCAAAAUACGAAUUACGAAUUAUACUGAGGAUUGUGUCUAUAGAUAUACAGUGCGAACGUAAAGGUUGGAAUAAAUUCAUUUAAAAUUCAGGGGUAUGUUUAAAAAAAAAACGCUCGGACAUGUCGAUUUUUAUUUUUAACUGCGGGUUUUCUUACUAUAAUUUUAUGUAUACAGGGUGGCCCAAAAAUAAGUUACGGUCAUCAACGUAAUUUUUUUAAAUGUAAACACCUAUUUUUUAUUUUAGAUUUAGGUUCUACAUCAAAUUCUAAGUACAUUUCAUGUACCAUGUCCUAUACCUAAACUCGACCGUUGACGAUUGAACACAAUAAAAGGCUAUUUUUGGAAGAGUUAUUUAUAUCAAGCAAGAAUACAUAAAAAUAUUUUAAUUAAUUUAUUAAGUAUUGAAAAUGGCUGCCACGAACCUCUUGGCAAUAUCCCAGUCGAUGCUGAAAUUCUUGUAAAACGUUAUCGAUAACAGAAGGUUCUAUCAAUCUUAUUUCUUUCGUUAUUCUAAUUUUUAAGUCUUCAAUGUUGUUUGGCCGAUUACCAUAAACUUUGGACUUAAGAUACCCCCACAAAAAAAAAUCUAAAGGAGUCAGAUCCGGCGAUCUGGCCGGCCAUUCAAUUGCACCCCUCCGACCAAUCCAACGUUCAGGGAAAACGGUAUCCAGGUACUGGCGCACGGAACGAGUGUAAUGGGCUGGAGCUCCAUCUUGCUGAUACCAUAAGGAAUUAUCUAAUAUAUCCGAGUCUUCUGGAUCGGGGUAUAAAGUGGCAAGGCAUGGAACCAAGUCAUUUUCUAAAAACUCUAAAUACCUCUCACCAUUCAAGUAUCCCUCAAAGAAAAAGGGCCCUAUAACCCUGUUUUCAAUCACCCCCGCUUAAACAUUUACUUUUUGAGAGACUUGGCUGUGGCACUCCAUCAUCCAGUGCGGAUUUUCAAUAGCCCAAUAUCGGCAGUUUUGCCGGUUUACACUACCAUAAAGACAAAACGUUGCCUCAUCAGAAAAUACAAUUUUUUUUGAAAAUUGUGGAUUAGCAUGGCACAAGUCCAUAAGUCUCUCACAAAAUUCUAAACGCCUAUCUGGGUCAUCUUCAUUUGUACCUUUUAUUUAUACCUAAAUAGUAAUAGUGCCAUUUAUUUAUACUUAAAUACUUAACGACGGAUGUCUGGGAUAUCUGAUUUUCUAACGCAAUAUUGCGAGUCGUUUUAUGGCAAUCUUCUUCAACUGCCAGCAAAACAUUUAGUUGCUUCUCUUCUGAUAUACUUGACCGACCUUUCAUAUAAUUAUCCCUGACAUGACCCAAAUCCCGAUAUUUCUGUUCUAUUUUACUGACAGUACUUUGAGAUAUACGUGGCCUAUCAGGAUACUUGGCAUGAUAAAUUUCACAGACUUCCAUCUGAGUGCACAUCCUGUUUCCAUAACCAAUCAUCAUCAAAAUCUCUAUUCGCUCUCGCUCACUAAGACGUACAAUUUUUUGAAAUUUUAAUUUUAUCUUUUGAUAAACUUAACACAAGCAAAACUUUGCUUAGGCAUCUAAAUCAAACUAAAUUCACUCAAAAUUAUUUGAUUUCAACAAAUUGUGACAAGUUAACAAUCAAAAACACCAACCACAAAUGUAAAUAACCAAACAAUAACUGAUAGGUUGCUUGAUAUAAAUAACUCUUCCAAAAAUAGCCUUUUAUUGUGUUCAAUCGUCAACGGUCGAGUUUAGGUAUAGGACAUGGUACAUGAAAUGUACUUAGAAUUUGAUGUAGAACCUAAAUCUAAAAUAAAAAAUAGGUGUUUACAUUUAAAAAAAUUACGUGGAUGACCGUAACUUAUUUUUGGGCCACCCUGUAUACAUAAAAUUAUAGUAAGAAAACCCGCAGUUAAAAAUAAAAAUCGACAUGUCCGAGCGUUUUUUUUUUGAACAUACCCCUGAAUUUUAAAUGAAUUUAUUCCAACCUUUACGUUCGCACUGUAUAGACACAACAAAUAUGUAGAAUUAUACUGAGUCCCUUAUAAGGGACAGAACAAAUAUUUAUGUCUAAGAAAACAAUAACACAUGUUUGUUUUGCAGACAAAAUUGUAUAAUGAUUCUAACCUCAAACAUAUUUACUGAAUUUCUUUACCCUCCAUUUCGAGUAGAGUAAAGUUCCGGAUCCAUGGUCACAUAAAAAUACAAAAUCAAAACGCUAUCUUCGAUUUCUGCACAUGAACUGAUUUUACAACAAAUAGCGAACGUCUAGACAAAUGCACGAGGUUAUGAAAACAUUAGAAGUGCGCAUGUGCUUGAAACCAGUGGCGUCCCUUUUAAGGUACCCUACGCACUAAUGGGUUAAAAGAUAAUCAUAUUAAAUUAUUGGGAAAAAGAAACCGAAUUUUAAAAGUGGUUGUUUCCAAUACUGUGCUAUUCAAAAAAAUUAAGUAAAUGCCAAAAUUAAUGGUUUGGACAGUUUACAUAGGCGUGUAAAAAAUUUAAGUCAUAAAAUGCAAUGAAAACUAUUUUUCCGUGAUUAUUUAAUUAAAAAUUUAAAAUUUAAACGCAUUCAUCGCACCCUAUUUUAAAAUUUAAAAAAAUAUUUUUUCUAUGAUUAUAAAACAAAAAGUAGGAAAUACAGUAUCAUUGUUUUCAGAAUAUAAUUUUUUAUCGAAAUACGUAAUAAUAUACCAAGUGUCCCAUUUAAAAUAAGAAAGUUAGUGUCAUUUCCUGUUAAGCCGGAAGUGAUGGAAAACAAUAGAAUAUGUCAAAAGAUGCUCUUAUAACUAUUCUAUCGAUAUACCAAAUUUCAUUUAUUUAUCUUGAAAAGUAACAAAGUGUUCCCUUUUGCUGUGUCACCCAGCUAUAUAUAUGUGUAUAAUAUAUACACAUAUAUAUAGUCCACCAGUGAAUUCUUCCAGAAAUGCUCCAACCUCGAAUUAAAAGCAUCUUUUUAGAAGCAAUUCGUUAUUAUGUGUCGGCUUGCUAACAUAAUUUUUUACAUUAAAUCUAAAAUAAUUAAAGAACUGUGAGGCUUGGAGUAUUAUACAUUUACAUAAAAUAUGCCUAGAAUUUUAUAAAAAAUAUACAAAAAGUAUAAUAUAGAAUGUGUUCCAUUUAAAAAAAAAAAAAAAAAAAAAAAACAAAGAGGGAUAAAAAGUUAUUUUCAUAAAAUCGCAAGUUUAAAAUUAAAAAUAGUUAAAGUAUUACAUUUUUUUAAAAACGCCACCAACGGUAUAAAAAUAAAAAUAAAUAUUGUGACACAACAUAAAAUUAGUUCAACAUCAUUAAAACAAAUUUAAUCUCGGGAUCUUUUGUUUUUUUUACUUUCUCGCUAUGCUCGUUUACAUUUUUUCAUUAUAAUCAACAUAAAAUAUUGAAAAUUAGGAAUUGUCCGUAUAUGCCCUAAUUUUGGAUACGCUAAAUAAAAACUGUGAUACAAAAAAAAUACAAGAUUUUUUUUAAUUAUCGGGGUAAUAUGUAAAAUUUUCCCUAUCUUGAACAUUUUUCUUAAUGAGUGAACCAAAACUUAGAAUUUAAUCCCAGUGUACGAUAAUCCUGGGCCUGAAACUGUUGCCAAAUCAAUCAGAUUAGUCUUAUAAAAUAAAUUGAAUCUGACAAUUGUUGACAGUUAGACUAAGAAAAUGUACGUAUAAUGUAAGGGGUUAUAAAUCCGUUUAGCAUAUCAAGUGAAUUUCUUUUUUCAGCAAUAUUUAUAUCUUGAAAGUCUUAGGUGAUAUUUAUCGAAAUUUUGUAUAUUAUAAACGUUCAUUUUGUACAGGGUUGAAAAUUCUACUAUCAUAAAUUAGGGGCACUAAAAAAGAUAUAAUAUAGUUAUUCAAAUAAUUAUUUUGCUCAGAUAGUUUUGUUUAUAGCCUUUUUAUAUGUAACUAUAAAUAUGGAUUUAUUUAUAUAAUAAAAGUUUCAUAUCAGAUUUAUAAGGGAACACGCAUUGGAUGAAAUCUACAGGGUGGGUCAAAACAAUGAGUAUUUAGCUAGUUUUCCUGUGGGGUUUUUGAUCCAUCCUGUGAACACUUAAAAAUCGAAGAUUGAUACUGAUAAUAAUAAACGUGUAUAAAUACUUAAUAAAUAGACAUAUCGCGAUUAAGAGUGGUAGACACUUCUUUGAGUUUUUAUACUUCCAUAAUGUUCUGUUGUAAAUUAUUUAUUACUUCUGUUAAAAUAACUAUUAGGCUAGGUGGUGGUGCAAUCCAGGCUUAAAUUUAAGUAAUAAAAGAUAUUAUGAAAAAGUUCAA